AUGGGAGAUCAGUCUCAGAUGAUUGUUCAACCUCAGCCAAUAAUGGCAACGGUCGGUGACGACAUCACUUUACCAUGCCAUGUGAAACCUGCUACAGAUGCCUUUAGUGAGAUGCUGGAGUGGUCGAGAGCUGACCUGAACCCCAGAUUUGUCCAUGUGAGGCGAUUCGGUGAAGACCAUCUGGUUGAUCAAAAUCCAGCCUUCAAGGGAAGAACAUCAGUGUCCAUAGACGGACUGAAACAUGGAGAGACAUCACUAAAACUCUCCAAAGUGAAACUCUCUGAUGAGGGAACAUACAAAUGUUUCAUUCCAGGAUUAAAUACAGAAUCUAGUGUUCAGCUUGUUGUUGGUUCAGUAUCAUCCCCUGAAAUAAACAUUUCUACAGUCAGCAAAGGAGUGAUGUUAGACUGUAAAUCUAAAGGCUGGUAUCCAGAGCCUGAGGUGUUUUGGCUGGACGGUGAGGGAAACCUCCUCUCUGCUGGACCUACAGAGACAGUCAGAGGUCCUGAUGACCUCUAUACUGUCAGCAGCAGAGUGACUGUGGAGAAGAGACACAGCAACAGCUUCACCUGUAGAGUCCAACAGAAGGACAUCAACCAGACCAGAGAGACUCACAUCCAGGUUACAGAUGAUUUCUUUGAGGUCCAGUCCAGUUCUCUGUCCACCAUUAUUGGUUUGGCUGUUAGUUUGGCUGCUUGCAUCCUGUUAAUGUCUGCAGCGACUGUCUUUUUUGUGUACAAACGGAGACAAAACACAGUCAAGACUAAGACAAGCUGCUGUGAUGAAAUUGAUGAGGAAGGAAGGAACAACUCUAAAGGAGAGCAACAGCAGCUCAUGACAGAUCAGAACAGAGAAGGAGAAAAGAUUAAACAUGUGGUCCAUGGUGAGAAUCAGACGAUUGAGAUCUUUAUCUUUAUCCUUCUGUGUUAUUGA